AUGUAUGGGAAAGCAACUGAGUACCCGGAUGUAACAACUCUUCAUUGGGCUGCACAUCUCGGAUUCAACAACAUUGUGGACUGGCUGUUACAGCAAGACUGCGACGCAAAUCGCGCAAGCCAGCUUGGAUGUCCUCUCCUAUUUGCCUUAUGCCCGUUCGGCACUUUAACCGCCAUAGCUGCAAGAUUUAGUGAAAUUUAUCCUGGUAUGGCAAGGUCAGCUUCCGGUGAGCAAUGGCAUCUACAACGUCGAAUUAGCACAAUCAAAUCGCUGCUUGAAGGAGGUACCCAGAUCAACCGAUCUCAAACAUCUGCUAGAAAUCUAUCCUCUCUAGAGGCUGUAUUCCACUCAGAUUCAUUUCUACCAAAUCUAGUCGCAGUGCUACUUGAGCACGGAGCCCGAAUUACGAUUGCUGCUGUGAAGGCAGCAUUGGACUGCGCCAGGUACAGCGAAAAGGAGCCCGCGUUCGCUUUGCUUAAAGGAGCCACAGAGGGCAAUGUCAAUGAAGACGCUAAGGGAGAAUUAUUGCUGCUCAGGGAAUAUGUUUACAAUGGGCCCGCAAACGAGACUGGGCCAAGCUCUGUUUCCCAGUUUAUCGGCCCUGUCACAGCAGACACGAAGCGCAAUGAGGAAUCUAAGCUUAGAAUCGCGGCAUCCAACGGGCAGCUUGAUCAAGUCAAACACUCAAUUAUCGCCCUUUCUGCUCUCAAUGAAGCUUCGGCAGAUGGAACUGUCGACGCUGCGAGACAGAUGGCCUUGCAGUUGGCGUCAAGGUUUCAUCACCUCAACGUCGUUGAGUUGUUAUUGCAGAAUAAAGGAAUGACAACACAUCAAGACGAGCUGGGCAAUACGCCUUUGCAACAAGCAUGCAUUAUCGAGUCGUCAGAGGAUUCCAAUGGAUUCAAGCUUGUUCGGCUCCUGUUACAACAUGACGCUGAUCCAACCAUCGCAAAUAAAGAAGGGCUUUCACCACUGCACCUUGCCGCUCGAUAUGGUAACCCUGAUAGCGUUGGAGUUCUGGGAGCACUCGUCGCUGCAGUUUCAGAUUCGCGGAAACUGUGUGAGAAUGGGAACUUCGUUCCGUCUCCGGUGUGGUGUGCCCUGGAGAGAGGAUGUGAUGCGGUCGCACUUCUCCUGAUCAGGAAUGCCAGUACGGAAGAGUUAAACGGCCUUUUGUGGAAGAGGCAGAGCUGCCUGUUCCCUGCAAUUUCCAGAGACAGUACAACUGUUCUUGAACUCCUACUCGAGAAAGGCAUUGGCGUCAACGAUCCUAUUGGGGAUGGAUCAUUCGCGAUACAUCAUGCCGCUGCGUCGACAGGAUCACUAGUAGCGUUAAGUGCGCUGUUGGAACAUGGCGCAGAUCAUACUUCGAGACGUCAGGAUGGCCUCUACGCUGUACAUAUUGUCGUCGAAUCCUCCAACACAGAAGAAAAAGCACAACAAAAAUUGGACGUCUUAUUGGCUGCUGGAGCUGAUAUUAACGCUGCUACAUCAAAGGGAGAUUCGGUACUACAGGUAGCAGUCUCAUUGGCACCAGUCUCGGGUUCCUAUCCCUCAAACCACGGUUCUCUGUAUUUCAAGUUUGGGGUUUUGGGAUUGGCGAAGUUGAUUGUUGAGCAGUUUGGCGUCGACAUUGAUCAUAAAAACGCUGCCGGCCAAUCUGCGCUCAUGACCAGUAUUGAAAAUCAGCUGUACGAUGUUUCCGAGUAUCUUAUAUCAAAGAAGUGCGACAUAUCAUCAACAAGCACGCAGCGUCGUUCGCCUCUCCACUACGCUUGUAAGCAGCAGCCUUCUAAAAGAGGCAACGGUGUAAUCCUGAAACUCCUUGAGGGAGGCUUGUCUCUUACUGAAAGAGACAGCAAAGGCAAAACAGCAUUUGAACUGGCAUUGGAGAAUGUAAAUUUGGCUCCACCGGGGUAUGUCCUACCUGUUAAAAUUGCAGUUGCAUAA